AGCAUGUGACCGCACAACCCCCUGGACCCCCACCGCGCCCGCCUUCGCUCAUCCACGUGGUUUCCGGUGUUUGUUUACCAGGGGAACGCGCUCCUCGCGCGCACACAGCCGAUCGUCGCACUCGCGCGGAUCUCGCGUCCGGACACUCGUGGGUUCCAAGAGUCUCGCGUGGAUCAGCCCGUGAACGCGCGCGCGACGAUGAGCGAGAGCGAGUCGAAGCGCGAGCGGCAAACCGGUUCCCCCAGGUUCACACUCGGGGAUCACGAACAAGUGACGGAGAGCCCGGAGAGUAACAUCGGCGUGUGCGGAUGCCUGCUGGUCUUCGUCUCUCUCCUGCUGAUGCUCGUCACUCUGCCCAUCUCCAUAUGGAUGAGCAUCAAGAUCGUCAAGGAGUACGAGCGAGCCAUCAUCUUCCGUUUGGGCCGCAUCCUCCGCGGCGGGGCCAAGGGACCAGGUUUGUUCUUCAUCAUCCCGUGCACGGACAGCUUCAUCAACGUGGACAUGCGCACCAUCACCUUCGACAUCCCGCCGCAGGAGGUGCUGACCAAGGACUCGGUGACGAUCAGCGUGGACGGGGUGGUUUACUACCGGGUGCAGAACGCCACCCUGGCCGUGGCCAACAUCACCAACGCGGACGCAGCCACCCGCCUGCUGGCCCAGACCACCCUGCGCAACGUCCUGGGCACCAAGAACCUGGCGGAGAUCCUGUCUGACCGGGAGGAGAUUGCUCACAGCAUGCAGUCCUCCUUGGAUGAAGCAACGGACGACUGGGGCAUCAAGGUGGAGCGGGUGGAGAUCAAGGAUGUCAAGCUGCCCCAGCAGCUGCAGAGGGCCAUGGCCGCGGAGGCGGAGGCUGCGAGAGAGGCCCGGGCCAAGGUGAUCGCCGCGGAGGGCGAGAUGAACGCUUCGCGGGCGCUCAAGGAGGCCGCCACGGUGAUCGCGGAGUCGCCCUCGGCCCUGCAGCUGCGCUACCUGCAGACGCUGAACACCAUCGCCGCCGAGAAGAACUCCACCAUCAUCUUCCCCCUGCCCAUCGACUUCAUGCAGAGCUUUUUGAGGAAGCCGGGAGAUGCUUCCGUUUGAUCCGACCCCCUUAGAGGCGGUCCUUUUCAUAUGGGGGCGGAGUCACCAAAGUUGGGCUGGUGCUUACUGUCAUAUAUCACACACACACACACACACACACACACACACACACACACACACACACAUUUUCCGAACCGCUUGUCCCAUACGGGGUCGCAGGGGACCGGAGCCUACCCGGCAACACAGGGCGUAUAUCUUGUUUUUCUAUUUACCAAACAAAUGAAACAUCUGUCAUUUAUGAAAACUCAAGGCCUUAAGUCACUGUGGGCGAAGUAUUUUAUGAUAUAUUUUUUUUAAAAAAACAAUAUGUAUUACUGCUUUUCAGGGUGAAAACAAUGUGCUUUUUAGAUGUAUUUUUAAAUCCAUAUGACAGUCUAUAUAGCUAUAAGGAUUUUUAUUAUUAUUACCCUUUAUUCUGCUGAUGCCUUUGUUCGAAAUGAGUGUCACUGUUAUAUUUGCAUUUCUAUAUGUACCCAUUUGUUUUCUCUCCCAUCCCUUGCUUUGCUGGAAGGCCCCUCCCACCAAAGAUAUGAAUUUUCCAAUAAAUCACUUCGUCGAGUUUCAACGGUUGACUGAGUCACUGAAAGAAUUUGGACGGCUGAAUGUACGGUAGCCAUUCAGUAUACGGACCACUUUUUGUUAAAGCCAUCGCUCCGGCUCGCAUGUUACGAUCAGUAAAGUUAUGAAUUUAUGGACAUGAAAAUACACACACA